AUGCCCUCCAAAUCCUCUGUCAAGCCAUCGGCAUACCCGACCACCCCCUUCCAUAUCAUCCGCACAGUUGCGCUGCUGUCGUCGGUGGUGGUCGGGAUCAUCUUGGCUGUGUUUAUCUACCAUCUCCGCAAAGAUGGAUACAAGUUCCCAUAUUCGUUUCUCGUGCUCCUCAUCACCGCCCUCCUCUCCAUCUUCAAUGCCGUCCUCACAACCGUCAUCCACUGCAGCUGCAGCCUCUCCACCCGGCUCUCGAUCACCCUGAACACAAUCCUAGUACUCCUCUGGGCGAUCUCCCUCGGCCUCCUGAGCUGGAGCAUGGCCAACACAAUCCUGACAACCUGCACGCCCCAGUACUGGGGCAACGCAACAGGCAUGAACGUGUGCCGCACGUACAAGGCCCUCUUUUCCUUCACGGUCAGCGGCCUCGCCGCCUACAUCGCCCACCUGUGGCUGGACGCCGUGGUGCGCCGCCGCCAGAACCGGCUGGGUACCUACGGGCCCAUGGGUAGCGACGAGCCGGGCCUGCUGGCCGGAGACCUGUACGCCGAUGUCAAGCUGGCCGACCGCCGCAGCGAGUCUGUAUCGGCGCCUGUGCACGCGUACGAGUCCGUUCCGCCCACGGGCUCGGGCGCCUUGCAUGUGCCUCCGCACCCGCCGGCCUACACCCAGACGCUUGAGUCGGACCAUGCGGGCGAGGCGCAGCAGUACUAUGAGGAUGCGCCGGCCCGCAGCCAGCGGGGUGCGCCGCGCGUUCGCUUUAGUGCUUAUGAUCGCCAGGGGUAUCAUGCCUAUCAGGCCCCCGCUGAGCAGACGAGCUAUGAUCCGGCGAUGUAUCGCUGA